CGUGAGGAAAAGGUUGUAAGGGAUAAAUUUUGAUAUUAAAACUUCACUUGGUCAACUAUAAAGGUCUAGCCUGAAUGUGUGUCCAUUAUAUUUAAGACACAACUUUAACCGCAUAAGUAAACAUAAUGAUCAGGAACCUGAUAAGAUGUAAAAGGGUGACAAAAGAAGACUAUGAAAAAGUGAUGGCUAUAUUUCCACCGUCUGAGAUUUAUAAUGGCGGUGACUAUCUUCCUGAUUAUUUUCAUAUGCUGAUUGAUAUGCCACACAACGAAAUGUAUGCCGCUGUCAUUGGGGACAAAUUUGUAGGAUUCUCUUUAAUGACAACUGUUGAUGAUGGGAGAAGUAUAGUGACUAGAGCAGGGAGAAUCUCCAAAGAAUACGCUGGUCAAGGCAUUGGUGGAAUCAUGUUAAAAUGGAUGAACAAAGGUAGUCCUCUUUACCGUCCCGAAGUCUUGUGGCAUAAAACUGCAGGAAAUGCAACAGAUUCACCGUUACCGCAAUUGAUUAAAACAGGAGUAUACACCAAAACAUUAGAACAGGAUAUUCGAUGUUACGACACACAUAAAACAACGCUACACAAUAAGGACACUGUUAUGAGGAAAAACAAUCCUUCGUUUAAAGCUGAGAGAAUCGAUGAUAAAUUGCUUGGUGAAAUUCUAGAAUCAAAUGACCAUAAACAGUUCUUAUUCCCUGAGAAUGAAAUAGUUGCUGACUACGUACCGUACAGGGCUAUGAAUUCGAAUGCUUCUCUGAUUGUUUCUAAACGUACUUCAGUUGUGGUGUCUGAUUUGAAUUGUCCACAAAGAACUUUACUUUCAAUAAGUAAUUUCUGGCAGGCACCACUUGGAAUGGUUUGUAAUUUCAACGUGUAUGGCUGUGUGUCUGGGAAUAUUAAAGAGCACCUCAUUUUACACUUUGCUAAAUGUAUCUGUCGGCCACUGCGUGAUUAUAUACUUCUUCGUUGUAUAUCAAGCAAAGGAACUAGUUUGACUUUUUUGGACAACGCUGUCGAAGAAUAUGGGUUUAAUAGAACAGAAUUUUAUGGAAAAGGUUUAGUAAGUGUCAGAAGAAGAAUAGCAAGCAAACUGUAAUAUGUGUAAUAACUGUUGGUGACCUUCUGCUGUUGUGUUUUUUUUAUUUUGGUCGGGUUGUUGUCUCUUUGACACAUUCCCCAUUUCCAUUCUCAAUUUUAUGUAAUAAAAAUCGAAACGGAGUACAG